UCGUUCAUGGGCCUCUCCUUAAGGCCAGUCCAAAAGUCUGCCUGUCAGAUGAAAAGAUAGACAUCGCGGUGGUGUGGAGGCAAGAGCAGGAGGGUGGGCCUGUGAUCAGUUCCCUCCCAGCCACAGGCCACAUCCUUGAGUGGCCGUCACCCACCCUAACAUCCUGGUUAGAACCUCCACUCUGGCUCCCUCAGCCCUCCACGCCAGGUGCCGCAGGAGUUAAAUCUCAAACCAGCCUUUCCCGGGAGAAAGGGAGAACCUGAGCCCGGGUGUGCUCAAGGCCCCAGAAAAGGCUGCAUUGUCUGUGAAAUAGCGGUUUCGCAUUAAAAGCAUCUGUCUCCAGGAUUGCUAAGCCCCUAAUGGGGAGGCAGUGAAUGGGUGGUCGUUUAGAUACUAAUGAGCUGAGAUUUUUAUUAAUUUAAAUUCAAAAAAAAUUUUGGUUUUUUGGCCACGCCACACGGCUUGUGGGAUCUUAGUUCCCCAACCAGGGAUGGAACCCGGGCCCUGAGCAGUGGAAGCGUGGAGUCCUAACUACUAGACCACCAGGGAAUUCCCUAAAUUUAAAUUUUAAUGACUGAUUUAAACAUACUAAUCAAAGGGGGUUCUAUCGGAGCUUCUUUAUCCUAGCCGAGUGGUUCUUAAGUUUAGGGUGUGCAUCAGAAUCACCUGGAGGGCUCGUGAAAACAGGUUGCUGGCCCCCUACCAUGGAGUUUCUGAUUGGGUAGAUGAGAGAUGGAGCCUGAGAACUGGCAUGUCUCACACAUUUCCAGAUGAUGCUGAGGCUGCUGGCCUAGGGACCACACUUGCGGAACCACUGUCCAGGUCCUGCUACACAAAGCGUGGUUCCCAAACCAGCAACAUGGGUAUCGCCUGGGAGUUGUUAGCAAUGCAGAAUCUUGAGCCCCACUGAACCAAAAUCUGCUGUUUAACCAGAUCCCCAGGGGAUUCCUAUACACAUUAAAGGUUGGGACACUCCAAGGCAGUGCUUCCCAUACUUGCUAGUCAAAGGAAUCUCUUGGAGUGUUUAAGAUUCAAAUGUUGGGGCUGCUCCUCUGGUGACUUGGAUUCGGAAGACGUGGGGGAAUCCCAGGAAUCAUACUAACAGGCCCCUCAGGUGAUUAUAAUAGACCAGGUAAGCAUGGGAAACUCCUGCUCAUUUAGCUUGGUUCUGUGUUCCUUGGAUCAGACCAAGCCACACAGUCAGAGAGAAACCUCUCCCUCCAGGAUCAUGACGAGGCAGCUGCUUCUCCCCCAUAAACCGGAACUUGGGGAAGGUGGCUCCUCGACGGUCUGUGAUGCCGUCAGAGGAAACGGGUGGUUGUGAGAACCACAGAGCCUGCAGAUGUGAGCUGGGAGCCCCAAGGACCCUGUGACAGAGCUUGAAGAGCCCUGGGCCUGCUUCCUGGCCUGGCUGUGCUUGGGAGGGCCAGCCAGUUGGAGGUGGGGCUCCUUUCCCAUCCCCGGGGUACAGACUGCUGACCACAGGCAGAUGCCAAGCUCCCCAAAGCAAUAUCGAGAGCCUCUCCCUGAAGACUCCCAGGCUAAGAGGGUCCCGGGUGACCUAGGACGAAGGACAUUGGCCGACUUCCAGAAGGGGCCCCCCAAAGCCCUAACCUCUUCAGCUAAAGCAUGCGUCUUAGCCGAGCCCCUGCCCCAAGCCUCUGAUGACAGGAAAACAGUAAGUAUGCUUGCUUUUUGUUUUCCGACGGCCUUGGGACUGUGAGGAAGGAUGGUCCCCUCAAGACUGGGAGUGGGCUUUACGGUUGGGACAGAGCGUCAGUGGAUAAGAGGAGUCUAGAUUAUAACUUCUGAAGACACGUUCAGCUCUAGAGUCUACAAUUCUUCUUAAAAGGGUGAUCUUUCUCAGUUGAAAGGGAGGGAGGUCUCCUUUCAGCUCAAUCCAAAUUUAUCACUUACGCCGCCACAGAGAAAUUAUCUGCAGAAAGUUAUCUUCAGAAAAACACAAAAGACGCGGAUUGUAGAUCCAGCUGUGCACUAACCCGCUACGAACAGUGAGCACGAGGUUGCUCUCCCUGGGCCCCGGGCCUUGUUUUGAAUGGCAUUCAAACCCUGCCGACCUCUCAAAGGGUCAAGUACUGUGGUCAAAACACCAAAUGUUCCACGUGCUGACCGCGGCUGCCUUUAAUUCUUCGCUUCCGCCCAUGCCUGGGUCCCCUAGAAAGUGCCUACCUAACAUGUAGUAAGUUGUUCAGAUACUUAGACAAUUAUGAUUAGAUUCUUAAAAGUUGGGGCCAGUACUAUCCCCCCCUUCUAGGUCUGCCCACCCACGGUCUUCACUUUGCCCCUAGAAGGCCUCCUGACAUUGACGGGACCAGGUGAAGGGAGCUGGCAGAGUGCUGGGGGCUCUGCCGGCCUGAGUGCAGGGUUCUCCUGCCUCUCGGGCCCAGCCCCCGGCGCCACCUGCAGCGGGGAGAAGUCUCUGGGUUCAGUGUGGUUGGUGACUGUCUUGCUGAAGCAGGGGAAAGGAGACUAACCUCUGCUGAGCACACACUCCGUGCCAGGCCCCUCAGCUUCUCCUCACAACCCCUUCGAGUCAGUAUUAUCCCAGAUUCACCAGUGAGACUCAGAGAAGUUACACGCUUUGCCUGAGGUCACACAGCUCGAGCUUGGUUGGUCUGAAUCACUCGUGCUCCCCAGGAAUGAUCUCUCCCAGGGAUUUUCUGGACCCCUGUCCGCAUAGUUAAGCACAGAGCAUGUGCCCCAUACCCAAGGGGAAAGGACUAUUGAAAACCCGGCCUGAAGGGGUGCCUUGGCAUUGAGGGAAGCAGAGACCCCAGGAGGCAGCAGCACCAUCUCGGGCUGCCAAGCCUUCAGGAUCCCAAAGUCGGAGCAGGAAGCGGCUGCCGGGAGCCAUUCCCUAAUGGUGGGCCUGUUUUGUGUUAAAGAGCUCUCCUGUCCCGUGAAUACGGAACUCCCCAGGGAGGCAGGAGCAAACAUGCCGUCAUCCGCAUGUGGACGGCACGAGACUACAGACAGCUGUUCCAUUCUCCAGGGCCGGAUCCUUGCUCCUCAGACAGGAAGGCCCGUGAGGCCAUGGGAGUCACUCCACCAUCAUGACGGACACCCGUCCUCACCCAGGUGUGGGAAAAGGGUCAAAGGCAAGGAUGGAGCCUGCUCUGUCCCUAAACUGGUAUAAUUAUGCCUUGUCUCUAACGAAGAGACUGAAAACCGUCUGAAAGAAUGAAACCAUCUCCCUACAACAUCUUAAUACGUAUAGUGUUUGAAAAAAUCGGCAUUACCCUGGAAACCUGGGAAUUUAAAUUAUUCUAAGGAUAAGACACCUGUCCAAAGAGCUAAUAAUCACUUCGUCCAUUUAGAUAAUGUGUAUCAAGUGCCUUCCGUGGGUGAAAAUGCUGAGGAAAUGGGCAGAGAGGUCCUUGUUCUCAACAAGCUAUAGAAUAAUGGCUCAUUAUACAAGCACCCAAGUAUGUGAAUAGUUAAAACUUGGGUAGAGCACAACAGGGAGCCCCGAGAGGGAGAAAAGGGAAGGUCCCCAGGCAUGGCCUCUGGGGAAGUGCCACUCGGAGCGUGAAAGAGGAAAAGCAGGCCCUGACCUGGCUCUUCACGUGCGCUCUCUCUCAGACCCGUAUGGUGGGUAUCGUUAUCCCCAUUUUUCAGAUGGAGGCAAAGAGAAGGAAGUGGUUCGACAACCAAUCCUGUAAAGGCUUGCAAGUCAUCACUAUGUCACACAGUCUCCCAGGCGUCUUACUUUGCCCUGUGACACCAGUAACAGUGUGCUCAGUGUCACCUUAGCACGUGAGACAUGCCAGCUAGCUCCCAAGCCCCCUCAGAUUCCCCUUGCCCACCUAGCUGUGGGUCCUGGUGUGCCUGGAGUGAACUCUGUCCUGUCACUGGCCCCUGCCGCCCAGUGGCAGAAUGUGAUCCCAGGUCAGGCAGUGGUUCUGAGUAGACAUAGGAGUGAUCAGCUAGGGCUGGGGGAUUCGGGGAAAACUUCCUGGAGAAGGGUGGGAUCCAGACAGGCCCGAAGUGGAAAAAGGGUCUUCCAGUAAUGGGAGGGGGCUUCACACACGCAAAGGCCCAGGAACAAAGAAUGGAGCACGGCUACAGUGUAGCAGAGAUGGGAGGCAAAGAAAACAGGGUCCGGUUUGCAGAAAGCCUUAACCGUCUGGUGGAGGGGCUGGAACCUGGUCCUGAUGGGAGGGAUCUCAUUUGCUUGUGUCAACAAGGAGGUCAGCAGGGCUGAGCUGGGGAGGGAGGGUGUCUGGGCACCAGGCUGGGAGCCAUGGCUCUGUCCCCAUCACAGCAUCUCUUUCAGAUUUCUCUUGGUGAUGCACUUCUGAGUGUUCUGCUGAGGAACGAUGGGAAGUCAGCCCAGCAGGGGGAAAGCCCUUCCAAGCCCAAGCCUGAGCCCCUGUGUGCAAGGCCAGGGGCCUGAGCCCAUGCAAGCAGAGAGGAGCAAGGCCAAAGCUGUGGCCUUGGGCAGUUUCCCAGUAGGCGAGCAGGCAGAGCUGUCUCUGAGACUGGGGGAGCCAUUGACCAUCAUCUCUGAGGAUGGAGACUGGUGGACGGUGCUGUCGGACAUCUCAGGCAGAGAGUACAUCUGCCCCAGCAUCCACGUGGCCAAAAUCUCCCAUGGGUGGUUAUAUGAGGGCCUGAGCCGGCAGAAAGCUGAGGAACUUCUGCUGCUGCCUGGAAACCCAGGAGGGGCCUUCCUCAUCCGGGAGAGCCAGACCAGGAGAGGCUGUUACUCCCUGUCGGUCCGCCUCAGCCGCCCUGCAUCCUGGGACCGGAUCAGACACUACAAGAUCCAACGCCUUGACAAUGGCUGGCUGUACAUCUCACCACGCCUCACCUUCCCCUCACUCCAGGCUCUGGUGGACCAUUACUCUGAGCUGGCGGAUGACAUCUGCUGCCUACUCAAGGAGCCCUGUGCCCUGCGGAGGGCCGGCCCACCCCCUGGCAAGUCCAUACCUCUACCUGUGACUGUGCAGAGGACACCACUCAAUUGGAAAGAGCUGGACAGCUCUCUCUUGUUCUCUGAAGCAUCUGCCACAGGGGAGGAGUCCCCCCUCAGUGAGGGACUCCGGGAGGCCCUUAGCUCCUACAUCAGCCUGACUUAUGACAUCUCCUUGGACGAUGCCAAGGCCCAAAGCAGAGACCGAAAGGGGAACCAAGGCUGCAGCACCUAGAACCCCAACUCAGCUCAGCCUGACUGAGCACCCCAGAGGCAAAGACUGUGCAGAGUGAGGGGAGGGCUGGGACGCAGAGGCACAGCCAGAGUCCCACCUCUAUCCUCUGUUCCUUCCUCUCUCAGCCCUAAGAAGUCACCUAACCUCCUCCCAGUGCCAUGACCCGACCUACAGCCUCUAGUUCAAGUAAAGACCAGUUAAGAACAGGGCCAGGACUCCAGAGAGACUAGAUGUCCUCGGUGUGACCCAGCCAGUUCCCGAGUUUGGGAGUCCCAGUACCACCUUCCUCCCUCUGCCUGUCGAGUCGAGUCUCAUUCUACAUCCCCACAACCACUCGCACAAGGCAGAGAACGCCCACUAGCAUCAAGGAGAAAAAAAUAAUCAUUUAAGGAAAACUGACCAGUCUCAUUCAGAAUGCCACCACACCUCAGAAGGUAGAACUACGGCCUAGAAGGGACAGGAAGAAGAGGGGAUGGGUGGCUUAGACGGCAGCAGAACCUGAGCUCUCCAGCUUCCACCUGACCGCCACGGCAAAGAGCAGGACCUCUGACUGUCCAGGUCCUCCACGUCCCCAUUAAGCCCCUUCUCUGGACAGUCCUAGCUCUCAGAUCUUUCAUCUUGUGGCUCAUCGUUUGAACCUGGCUAAGCCUUCUUGGCUACAACAGCCUUGCCGUCUUGUAGCCAAAUGCAAAAGACACCACCCGAGCCUAGCACACCGCAGUGAGCUCAGUCACGUCUCUCAGUGCUGAGCCGGGGCAUCAGGGCAUCAGGCGGUAAGCCCUCCCUCCACAAAGUCAAGGCCACAGCCUACACCAACUCCAGCCCUUGACUUCCCUGCUGCACAUUAAGGGAAAGAAGCCUGGAUAGAGCUGUUAAGGGAGCAGGGAGAGGAGGAAGAGGGAAGGGGGAAGAGGGAAGGGGAUGGGAGGGCACCACCUCUAUUGCUCCUAUUGGGUUCUGAGGCUAGAGGUGAGGUUGGAAAGGCUUUACCAGGUAUCACCAACAGGGGCUCAAUUAAAGAUCUGAUUUAUUCAAGUAUCUGAAAACAUUCUACAACGAAAACUGUUAUUAGAUGCUGCUUGUACUGUGCUAUGGACCACGCACAUACUGCCAUACUGUUUUCAGAAGACUUGAAAUGCCAAUGUUUGAUAUAGUUUAAAAACCGUACACCUGAUGGAAAAGGAAGACAAUUUAAUGUUUCAUCCGGAUCCAGAUGUGCACCAAAUUACAGGACAGCUCCAAUCGGCCAACAGGUGUUUCAUGAUGGUAUCCAAGAAGAAACGGUUGGUGAUGGACAAUUCAGAAAUGCUUCCCCAAAAGGUGGAUGGUUCUUUAAAAAGUUUCAGGUCACAACCCUUGCAGAAAACACUGACGCCCAACACACUGAUUCUCGGUCCAGGAAACACGGGUCUUCCAGGUUCCGCGUGGCUGGGGUGCCCCCCAACAAUCGUGUUUCUGUGGUGUAACUAAGAGGGUCCUUUGGACCAGACAGGGAGCAGGUGGGGACUGUGCACCGUCAGUCAUAGUGGAUGGCAGUGUAAAAGAUGAUCCAAAUGACCUAGAGAGGAAACAAGCAAUGUUCAUGGGCUCCCUCACCAACAGGGUCAACACAGGCUCCCAUUCCACAAAACAAAAGCAUCCUAAGAAUGUGCGCACAGUGUACUUCCCGGGGGCUAUCCAAUGCAUAAGCUGCUUGGGACAAGAGCACUGAAAUCAAGCUGUCUCUAAUAGAGCCCAGGACCACCGUCCUGUGCUCCCAAAGGGACCCUGGACAAGUCUCUCCCCUUGCCAAACAGAGACCAGAGUGCGAGGGCUUAGAGUUAUAGGUGUGGAAAUGAUACAGGUAAAGCAAACUGUACUGCUAGUAAGUGUUAGCAUUAGCAACAAACGUGAAAACAAAACUACAUCAUAUCCUGUCAGCUUCAUAUCAAAUAAAGCAGAGGUUCUCAAACCUGACUCGCCUUUGCAAUCUCGUGGGCUCUUUAAAAACAUACAGAGAGAUGCCUGGGCGCCACCUCCCAGAGAUUCUGAUUUCGUUGUUUGGGCUAGGUUCUAUAAUUGUUUAAAAAUAACUUUGAGGUAUAAUUCAUAUUUCAUGACGUUUACCCUUUUAAAGUAUACAAUUCAGAGGUUUUUUAGUAUAUUCAGAGUUGUGAAAACAUUUUGGAGCAUUUGCGUCACCCUGAAGACAACAUCUAUUCCCAUUAUCAGUUACUUCCCAU